UUAAAUAGCGGAAGUGACGCGGCUUUGAAGGAACCGUUGGAGUUUGUUGACAGGAGUCGAUGAAACAGAAGCGUCUCGAGGAGUGAGAGCUGAUUCUGUCACAUAGCACGGCUCUGUGUGUGAAGAGAUGAGGGGAAGAGUUAGUGUGAGGCUCAGUCCCAAUGAGGAGGCGCAGCUGGAGAGAGAGGAGCUGCACCGGAGGAGGAAGCUGCGCCUGCAGCAGGUGCGCGAGCAGGAGCGCUUCAUCGCUCGGCAGGUGCGCACACAGGUGCAGGAGCGCAGACAGCAGCAGCUACAGUCCCUCGCAGACUCUCUACAGCUCCAGUGGCAGCAGCAGCAGAUGCUCAGACUACAGGCUUUAUCCACACACUACCAGCACAGCCUGGGCUCUGUGGGACACGGACACCGCAGCGCUCAGGAGAACGAGCCGGAUCUGGAGGCGCGGGCUCAGAGGACUGUGGAGAGGCAGGAGCGUGCGGAGGAGAGACAUCGGGAGGCUCUGAGAGAGCUCAGCACACGCAGACAUCAGGAAGAGCAGCAGCAGCGCCGGCAGGCUGAAGCGCGGAGGAAGGCUCUCCUGGAGGAGAAGAGGAGAGCCGAGAGAGUGGCCAGUCUUCCUCCUCCUCCUCCAGACCCAGUGGAGAGCAUCGAGACGAAGACACGUCCGCUGAGGGCAGCAGCAGCAGAGCGCUUCUCUCUCACACACUGUCACAUGACCCAGACCGCUGUGGAGCGAGAGACCGACACUGAGCCGCAGCCGAGCGCUCGUCAGGCCGCGGUGCAGGAGAUCCAGCGUCUGGAGGAGCUGCGGCGAGAGGAAGCUCGUGACACACAGGAGCGGCUGGAGAAAGCUCGUCUGAGAGGAAACCACGCGCUGAGGACAGAGCAGCACACACAGGAGCGUGUGCGUCUGCUCUGGGAGCUGGAGCGUCUGCAGCAGGCUGAUCUGAUGCGCCGCAGACAGACAGUGAACAGCGUCCCAGCGCAGAUCUUCCAGCCUCUCUACAGACAGCAGGAUCUGCGGGACGAGCAUCAGCGUGAGCUGGAGAUGGUCUUUCAGGACGUGUGCACGGAGGAGCGCAAGGUCAAAGGUGACUUGGUGCUGCAGCUGGUGCCCGAACCUCUUCCUCCUCUGUCCACCUCUAGUCAUGAUGAGGAGCUGGAUGUGACCCUUGACCCUGAAUGUGCUCCAGAAGGGGAGGAGCCGGAGCCCCCGGAUGCUGAAACAGCAGCAGUGUCCUCAGCUCCUCCGGCUGACGCAGGCAGACAGGCUCUAAGCAGACUGCUGGAGCGCAUCAGGAGGCAGAGAGAUCAGAGGAGCCAGCAGCAGAUCACACACACACCAGUGACCUCACCUGACCCAGACACACAGGACGAGGCCUUGAGUGUUGAAACAGGAUCUUUCAGCAGCCAGGAAAAAUCAUCAGAGCAGGAGACGCCCAGCACACACACAACACACACACAGGACGCUCCUGAUGUUAGUGAUGAAGCGGUGGUGGCAGGAACGGUGCUGCGGCCGGAGGAGGGCGAGAGGACCGCACACAUGGACCAGCAGACCCAUGUGGAGGUGCUGUUGAAGCAGCAGCAGGAGCAGCUGGCUCUGCUGGAGGAGCUGGAGGAGAAACGGCGUGAGCUCGAGCAGCGCUUGAGACACUCUCAGCAGACCAGCGCCACACUGCAGGAAGCUGCUCACAGGCAGAGCACUACACUUCCUGAACCGCCUGCAGAGGUGACGUCCGAUGUGACGCAGACUCAGAGACUGCAUCAGUACCAGCAGAGACUCCUGGAGCAGAACAGACUUCAUAAGAAGUGUGUUGAAGAAGCUCGCCGACGGCUGGAGGAAUAUCAGCAUACUCUGAAGUUACGAUACACAUCAGCAGCACUGUCUGUUCCUCUGGAGCGUCCUGCACUUCCUCUCGCUCAUGUCCUGCAUCCAGGAACAGCUCCUGCUGCGUCACAGCAGACACACCCCUCUGGAUCUGAACCCAGCUCACCGCAGGAUGGACCGGUCUGGUCAGGUCUUCCUCUUCCUCCGCCGUCUGUGGUUCUGGAGCUCCUGCGCAGCCGGCAGCUUCCUGCAUCACGCUCCUCUGAGGUCAGUGGAUCAGUGCGGGCCGAGCAGAUGUGUGUGGAGGCGCAGAGACAGAGACACUUCCUGCAGUCCCUGAUCACAGCAGACAGACAGGGUUCAGCGUCGAGCUUCAGUGAUGUUCAGACAGACCGGAUGACUUUGAACACUUUGCUAAAUGCCUUUGAGGAAGCUAACGGCCACACCGAAGCCCUGACCGCUCCCAGCCAACGGGACGGAGCCACACACACCACCACAGUCCUCUCAAACGGCUCUGUGUAUGAUCCAGCCCCAGUGCAUCGUGGGCGAGUGAAGCCCCCGGUGUCUCGUCCUCCCGCCCGUUUGGCCUUCUUACAGCAGAUGGAGCAGCAUGAACUCAGUGCCAUACAGGAAGUGGACUCGCCGGUCAACAUCAGCCUGGACGCAGGUACACCAGCUCCAGCUCAUGUCCUUGUUCAGGAGGUGUGUCUGACCUCAUGUGACCUGUCUGUGCUCUGUGAUUGGCUCCUGCAGAGCUGCAGUCUGCUGAUGUGAGCGAAUCCAGCAGCACGUCUCUGCCCGCCAUCUCCUCUGAAGACUGUCACAGCGGGAGUCAAAGGUCACAGGUCACGGGCAGGAUCAGCCGCAUGUCCUGGAGAGAAACACUCCUGUGUGACUCCACAGCCUCAGCGAGUCCGUCCAGCGGGAAUCAGCAGCAAGAGCGUUUGGGUGCUGUUGAUCCAGACUACCUCUCGUCCACUACGAUCUCGACAGGAAGUUACUCCACUAGUGACCGUGAGCCCAGUUAUGUCACUUCAGAUGCGUCUCAUCUCUGCACCGAGCCUGAUGUGUGUGGCCUGUCACCCAAAUCCAGCUCCUGUCACAUGACCACUGACCAGGCACAGGAAAUGAGAGACUCUGUGCAGCAGAUCAUAGAGAAAUACAGCCAAGAGCUGAGGGCUUCUCUGAGCCACGCAGGAGUCAGC